CCAGCGAUGGAGGGGGGAGGCAGGGCUUCGUGGAUAAAAUAUGGGCCUGUUGUGUCCCUAUUUGUGGUUCUUUUGGCCUUGUGGUUCCGGUCCCCCCAGAAUGGCGGACUGGACGAGCGGCUGGACACCGUACUGUCCUCUCUGCUGCGGGCUGAAGGCAAAGUGGGCAUGAACAACGUCGCCAGACCGAGAGUGGCUGUCGGUUUUGGAGGCUGUGUUGACCUGAUAGUGGACGGGGUAGCGCUGCUUAAUAAGAUUGGCCUCCGACCCACAGACCAGCCCCUCCACCAUGACUACAUAGAGAAUGAGGUGCAGCUCGCUCAGAGCUUUGCCUACUUCUUUGCCCCGGGAGCUGCUGCAGAGCGUUUUAUGUUCAACGACACCUUAUUCAGUGAGCUGGUGGAAGCGUCCCGUGACUUACCUGGGAACAGAUGGGCAGUAGGCGGCAAUGCCCCAGUCAUGGCUGGUCGCCUGGCAACCGAGGGAUGUGAUAUAUUGCUAGGGGGGAGCUUCAGCCCCGAUUUUACUGAUGUUUUCUCCCAGCACAUCACAGUGGCAGGUAACAUCGUAGAAGAGCCAGACAUUCAUCUCAUCCUGGAGUAUCCAGCUGGUGCUAGCUGGGGCCCCUAUACCUCACGGAGAGCCAACAGAUAUAUAGUCCACAGUGAUGACCAUAACCCCUACCUGGACUCCAUGGAAGAGUUUGCAGAGAAACUGGAAGACUUCAAACCAGAUCUGCUGGUGGUGGGAGGGCUGCAGAUGAUGGAUAACUUCCCCUUCCAGUCAGGUGAGCGGGAUGCUCUCCUCUCCCGCCUGGCCCACCUCCUGUCCUCGUCCUCUCCACAGAUUGGAGUUCAUUUUGAGAUGGCCAGUUUUGUAGAAGAGAGUAUAAUGGAAGACCUUCUCCACUAUGUCAUCCCACAUGCCGACUCUUUGGGGAUGAAUGAACAGGAGCUUCCUAACCUGCUCAGUCUGCUCAAAGGCUCCAACAUCACCGUGCUGUCAGACCCAAACCCUCGCGUCGCCACCGUCCUGGACCAGAUGAGGGAGGUCUACCGCAUCAUGAACCAGCGCGCUAAGGACUCCGGUGCAGACAGUGAGAGAAACAUUGCUGAAGCCAAGCCGCUGACCCGGCUCCACGUUCACACGCUGGCCUUUCAGGCCAUGAUUGUGACACGUGGCUCCCAAUGGAAGAACACCAUGUCAGCCACCGCCAAGGCCUCCCUCACAGCCAACCGCCACGUCUGUGGCUCUGACCACAUCGACCCCAGCAAGGCCAGGCUCAUCAUGGACGACUCAUUCUCCGUCAGCCGGCAGGAGGGCAGCCAGCGGAUCCCCCUGCAGGAGACCCGGCCCGUCAGCUGCUGGGAAGAGGACGACUACGAGAUCUGCGUGGCCCCAGUGCUGGUGUGUACUGAUGUUUACCAGACUGCAGGAGGAGGGGACAACAUCUCCGCUGCUGGCCUGGUGCUGCAGAUCUAGACGGGGACACAACGUGGUCUGCUUGUGUGUAGUUCUAACUACAUAAAACUUGAUCAAGGUGUGAUGCAAAGUACCCGGCAAACACGGGUACUGAUUGUAAAAGGUAUCAUGCUAGGCUGUCACUCUGGCAGCUCAUGGUGGAGGAAAACUGAUUAGCAUUGGUAGGAGUCAGCUGAUUAAUCAGCACAUAUCGCCAGAUUUUUAAUAUAUGGGCUCAGUCUGGAUUUUAGAGGUGGAUGCAGUCAAAAACUGGUUCAAGUCAAAGAUUACAGUAAACCAGACUUUCUGCAGUUAAUUCUCAGUUAGCUAUGUGUACGUGUGUUUACAUUGGGUUGAAGGGCACCAUCAGUAGUUUCAUCCCUCUCUCAUUAAUGUUGCGUACAUAAUAUGUAUGUACACGUUGCAAAGCCCCUUCGCUUCCACUUAAUUUGAAUUUUAGAACCAAAACAUUGAAAAAGACACUGCCUUGCUUUGUUCUUCUUUGAUUCAACCAUCAUCUAACUUCUGUCCUCAUCUACGCCUCCAAGGCCGUAAUAGACUGGAGUCAGAUUAGAUGAGGAGGGAUGAGGUUUGGAUAAAGUUCAUAAAUACCAAAUUUAGUUUCAGUUGGUUGCUGACAAGCUGCACAGCUUCAGUUGUAGAAUAAAUUGUGUCAUUUAAACGUGACUCCUCUAUGCAGCAAACCUUCAGGUGUCACACACUUCACAGUCUACAUGUCCAACCAGUAAACAGGGUAAACAGACCACACUGCCUCGCAGUAUAUGCAGCUUCACCUAGUCACCAUUAAAAGGUCACACCUGAACCGAAGCCUCCUCCCUCCCCUAACUCAUUCUCAAAGGCAAAGAAAGAUUUCAAGUUGAAAGUUAGUGAGGUUUUCACCUCCUCUUCUUCCGAAAAUAUGUGAAAACUGUGCAUACUGGUUUGGGUGUGUUUGAUUACCAUUCCUCUGUGUGUUCGUUGCAGUGCAAUAAUGCAAAUUCAAAGUUAGAGACCACUGUUAGUAGCUGGAUAUGAUGUCAAACCUCCUCUCUACCUCCACACUAUUUCUGUUUCUCCUCUUUUCCCCUUUCACUCUUUUCUCUGUUACUUUAUCAAACUUUUUUAUUGUCUGUUGUGUCUGUUCUUGUGUUUGUCGACGGCUCUUUAAGGACCAAAUGAUCAGUGUGGACUCUCCCUAAAAACACUGCUGCAAAGGACAAGUUACUGGCAUCCAGUUGUCAUAUGAUAAAGCUGCAUACAGUGUAACACUCAUCUCUAGUUUCAGGUUUAUUUAAGAGCGAGGGGGUUAGAUAUAUAAAAUUGUAAACUUGACCUUUAAUCUGUGGAAUAUUGGAGCACACAGUACAUAUUUCGGCCUCUAUCUUACCUGUAGUAGGAUUAGAAGCCAGACAUCGCUACCUUAAUAAGAUCUUGAAUUGGACCAUCAACUCCUAUUUCACUCUUUUCAGGGUUUAAAUCACUUUUAUUUGAAAUGUUUUUAUUUUGUCUUACAAUGUACAAAUCAAGCAUUCCCCCACAGACCCAGCUUCAGUUAUAUUCUCGACACAACAUACGAGUAUGUUUUACAAACUUGAUUACACUUUUAAAUUCUUUAUUAGUUUCUUCCAACCUGCUCAUCAGGGGAACACAUUCAUUCUUAAAUGAGUUAAAGAAAUGCCUUUAAAUGUCUCCUCUGCAUAUCGUCCUGUACUGAUUUGAAUCUGAUGCUGUUUAAUUCUGCUGACGGUAAAUGAGCCUUAUUCUGUUUAGACUUUUGAUGUUUAGUGAAAAGGGAAUGUUUAAUACAGACUUUUUCUAUGACUGUAGGCUUUUUGUUUUAUUCUCUGAAGUCUUUGGAAGACUAGAGUAACGGGUCGUGUUUUUACUGUGAAACUGUUUAAAGCAGAAGUUCAUGCACUCAUGUUUGUGUCUGCUACCAUAUCAUAAACUUAUCUAAGCUUUAGAUAAGUCCUGUCUUUAAAUGUUCCAUGCAUGUCAAUUAUUCAAUGCACAAUCAAGAUAAAAUGCUAUGCUGAUAAAGCA